AGACCUUUCAAUUUAUUUCCAAAAGACACCAUGGUUUCCCUUUCAGCCUCACCUUUUUCCUGAAUGGACUGCAGGUGAACAGAUUAAGCUCCUGCUGUGAAUAUAAGCAUCGGAAAGGUUCCAGACUUGGAGGCAAAAGAGGCUACUUUGGGUUUGUGUGUGUCGAGAGAGCAUCUCCCUGCUACAAGUGCAUCAUUGCUAUGGGGCUUGACAAAAAAGCUUCAAAAGCUAGAAAAGAAGAUAGUGAGAAAAGAGAGGAACUGAAGAAGGGAGAGGGGAAGCUGAGGAAGGGUAAGAUGUACCUGAUACCAAAGAGAACUGAGAUGGAAAACAAAAUCUCAUCUUCAACCAUUUUUUCAACUCUAGAAGAAAAUUCAAGAAUCAGCAAAGUGAGAACUGCCUUGGAAGAAAUGGAAAGGAAAGGAAGACCAGGACAAGACCUGUGGGAAGAUGACCAGGAACAUAUAUAUAAAUAUGAAUAUGAAGAAGAUUUUGAAAUAGAUGAGGAGAAAGAAAACGAGAAAGCAAAUGAAGAAGGACAGGCUGAUGAUCAAAUGAAUGGAAUGUCAAAGUCACCCUCAGAUGAUAAGAAAGACAAUUUAGACCCCGAGAAGGGGAGUGAAACCUCAUCACAGAAGGUACCAGAUGCUGAUGACAAUAUGAAAGAUGAAAGUGAUGGAUGCCCCGACAGUGAAUUGGAAGAAGAUAAACAAGAUAGAAAAAAUACUUCAUCAGCCUCAUCUAGAAGUCAUCCAAAUUCUGCUGGUAGUGAAGAAGGCUCUUCAGUGGAGUACAGGGACACUCACACCGACACCAGUUCACGAGAAAGUACCAGAAGCUCAUUUUCUCAGGAGGUGAAUGAAAAUGAUGAGCCAAGAAAUGAGGAAUCCCUAAUAAUUAAAAUUCAAGACCAAGAAAUCAGAGAAGCAAAUGUGGAAACUAAGCCAAGGCCAAUAGAUGAAGGCUCUGGGAAUAUUCUUAAAGGAGAAAAGGAGACAGGGGCCAAAGCAACUACAGAGAGCAUGUCUGCAAAAUCCAAGAAGCAUGUUUCCAAGAAAAAAAGGGAAAAGGAUCAGAGUACUCUUUGGGUAGGAAGCCAUGCUAAAGCAAAGGAUGAAAAGGCAGUUUUCCCUAGUGUGUAUACAGGUGGUAAGUACGUUAGUGAUCUCCAACCAGUUAGACAGUUAAUAGAUGAAUCCUUGGAAUCCAGCUGCCACAGUCUUUCUGACGCUGAGCCUGGUGUUAGCAGUUCAGAGGAGCAGGGGAAGCACUUGAAGAAGCAGGAGAUUGACACACAUCGAGCACCAAAUGGGAAUUUAAUGAUGGAAGAAAGACCAGUUCUGAACUCAGAUGAGGAAUCUGAAAAUGUUAUAGCAGAAGUGUACACAAUGGAGAAAAAAGAAGCCAUUAAGGAAGAGGAAGCUUCCCAAGACAAGAAUACUAACAGAGUAGAGAGUAAAGAGGAGACAACGUUGUUGGAGACUAUAGAGAUUAAUGAAAUUCCUUUUGGGGAAUGGAAAACAAUAGCAGUGCAGCCAAUAUUAGCAGAAGCAGAAUUUACUGUGAAAAGAGAGGUCCAAGAGGACAUUAUGAAUGUGGCAGGGGAAGCAGCAUCAGGAGUUAUAAAUCUAGGUAAAGAAGGGUUAAGCCCAACAGGAAAAGAAACAGUGGGAAACGCUGCAAGUCUGAAUGAAGAUGGGACUCCUGAUGAGCAAGGCUUGAUGGAAACUGUGCUAGAGAAAGACAAGGUAGUGUCUGAAGAGGAACAGGUUUCAGAGAAGUCAGUGCUUGAAAAGAAAACAGCAUCUCUAAAUUCAGAGUACAUUGUUGAUUCAACAGAUCUGAAAGAGGCCUGUGGAGAGGCAACAAUGCCACUGGAGAAGGGAGAAACUGAGAGAGAGGCUACUAUGUAUGAAACAGGGUCUGAGAAAGCAGAUGAGGAAGAAACAGGAGAAGCAACAUUCAUAAACCUAGAGAAUGUAAGGUCUGUAGAUGAAGAACCAGACAGUAGAAAGGAUGGUCUAGAAGAAGCUAUAGUUGAGGGAGAGGAACCAGCCAAAGAGUUGGAGGAAAUGAUGGUACUGGAUGCAUCUCUGAGCAUCUCAGUCUCUGAGAAAGCAGAGGUAAAUCUGAUGAGUUGGCAGAACAGCUCUGAAGAAGGAAGGGGGGAAGAUACAGAAAGGGAGAAGAUUGUGACAGAGGCAGAAGUGAAUAGAGACAAUGACAGGAAAGAAAUGUUAUCUCAGGAGGUAGAUAUAGCAAGAGAAAGGAAGGAACCUGAGGAGGCAGAAACAUAUCUGAGGGAAACUGAAUCUGAAAGAGAAGAGGUGAAAAGGACAAACACACUCAGGUGUGAAGAAGCAUUAGAAGAUAAAUUUUCUGAAGAGGAAGAAACAGUGAAAGAAAGCAGAACAGAGAACGAGACAAAAACCCCUACAAAGGAAAUUGAGUCAAAUGUGGAGAACAUAGCCCCUGUGGAGGAAUUGGAAUUGACUGACAAUGCAGCGUCACAAAGUGAAAAUUCACUACCUCUCAGAGGGACUUCCAUGUUUGAGGAAGGACCUGCAUUUGAAAAGUCAUGGGAAAAUGUGGCCGCUCUUUGGAAAGAAGGUGAGGAAACACUGACAGAAGCCAGAGACACAGAGCAUAAAGGUGAAUCAGAGCAAUUCUGCAUGGAGAAUGUGAUGCCACCAGAAAAGGAAGAGGGACCCCAAUACGAUGAAGAAGGUGUGUUAGGAUCUCCUGUAAGUAAGCCCCCUGGGGAGGCCCGGGCACCUGAGGUGACCAUCAUAACCCCAGGUGAGGGGCAGGAGCGUGCAACUGCAGGUCAAGAUUGUCUUGCAGACCUGCCGGGAAAGGAGGAAGAAGGGUCUUCUCAGAAGCAAGAAGGAGUAGGGGACACAGUGAUUAGCCAACAGGAGAUUCCUGAAAGGGACUCCAUGAGGGCAGAAACAUUCAGUGAAGGAGUGGGUGUGGAUGUGGAAGAAGAAGUUAAAGAGGGCAAUGUUGGAAAGGGAAUGAAGAACAAGAGGACAAAGGAGUUCCAGAUACUGGAAAAAGGAGCAAUUGUUGCUGAGGAAGCUUUCAAUGAGGGAGAAACAUUAGAAAUGGCCACAGAGAAAAUGGGAGAAUCGACUGAUGUGAUGAGGACUGAGGGAGAAACAACAAAUAAAGCCUCUUCCAUAUCAGAUGUUGCUGAGGAGGAAACUGGGCACGAAGUGGGUGAAUUGGUAGGAAAACCAGCUUCUCCAAAGAGGAUGGGGAUACAGGAAGCAAUACUGGGCAGCGAGGCGGUACCAGAGGUGGAAGAGGUGACAGGGACAUCAACAACAGAAGUUCAAAUGAAAGCUCUUCAAAAACCUUUAGAUUCAGAAGGGGAAGCAGAUGCCCCACAGUUAGGGGGUGAUCGAGAGGGAGGGGAAGAGGAAAGGACACCAAGAGCAGGAUCAGUGGAAGAGGAGGUGGGAACAGGGAGCAGUGACAGGGGGCCAGAGUCAGGAGCAACUGAAGCCUUCAGACCAUCACAGGAGAGAGAGUCAGAGCCAGGGAGAGAGAGUCUACAGACUGUGGAAACACUACCUGCGAAACCUGAUCUCACUGAAACUCAGGAGAAGCAAGAGCAUUCAGUGGAAAGAGAAAGCAAGGAUGCACAUACUGGCCAGAACCCUGGGAAGGCCUCAGAGACUACAAAGCAGACGGUGAGUUUAAGUCGGAGCAGUGUGCAGGAGUGA